AAGCGCUAAGCGUCAUCGCAAAGUGCUCCGUGAUAACAUCCAGGGCAUCACCAAGCCUGCUAUCCGCCGCCUGGCUCGCCGCGGAGGAGUGAAGCGAAUCUCCGGGCUGAUCUAUGAGGAGACCCGCGGGGUGCUGAAGGUGUUCCUGGAGAAUGUGAUCCGGGAUGCCGUCACCUACACUGAGCACGCCAAGAGAAAGACCGUCACCGCUAUGGAUGUGGUGUACGCGCUGAAGCGCCAGGGGCGCACUCUCUACGGGUUCGGGGGCUAG